GCUCCCGGAGCCCGCGCCAUCUUGGCUCCCGCUCGAGCUCGGAGGCGUGCGCGGCCGCGGUGGCGCGCGCCCCGAGCAUGGAGCACUACCGCAAGGCCGGCUCCGUGGAGCUGCCGGCGCCCUGCCCGCUGGCGCAGCUGCCCCCCGACACGCUGGAGAUGCGGGUGCGCGACGGCAGCAAGAUCCGGAACCUGCUGGGGCUGGCGCUGGGCCGGCUGGAGGCGGGCAGCGCGCGGCACGUGGUCUUCUCGGGCUCGGGCCGCGCGGCGGGCAAGGCCGUGAGCUGCGCCGAGAUCGUCAAGCGCCGCGUGCCGGGCCUGCACCAGCUCACCAAGCUGCGCUUCCUGCAGACCGAGGACAGCUGGGUGCCCGCCGCGCCGGACACGGGCCUCGACCCCCUCACCGUGCGCCGCCACGUGCCCGCCGUGUGGGUGCUGCUGAGCCGGGACCCGCUGGAUCCGAACGAGUGUGGCUACCAGCCCCCGGGGGCACCGCCUGGCCUGGGCGCCACCCCCAGCGGAGCACCGCGGCCCCCCAGAAGAAGAGCUCGAGAUCUGCGGCCCCGAGGCCCCCACCACCACCGCCGCCAGUGCCAAGGACUGACUGCCAUGUCUUCGUGACAAGCCUCAGUGACUGCUCCCCCACCCCACGCCCCGCAUCAGUCGACCCCCUAGAAGUGGGGGAGAUCCCAUUCGACCACCCUGUAGAGACGCACGGGGCUCCCCGCCUCUGGGUUGCUUUAGGGCAGCUUCUGGACCCACCUCCUGGGCCUCUGGUGUCU